UCACCGAUGGACUAUUCACAUUUAUUCGAAGCAAGAAAACCAAAUUCAAUAAAAUAAAAUAUUGAUAUACAAAAAAUCAAAGUAAACGGUUAAAGAGAUACACGAAUAAAUAAAUUAAAAGCCGUCGAACAAAUAUGUCUGGCGCCCAUACGUGAAUGAAAAAAAAAACAGAAAAAAGUAUAAUAAUAAAUAAUGAUAACAAUAACGAUAAUAGUAGUAAUAAUGGUAACAAUAAUAAUAAUAAUAAUAAUAAUGAUUAAUCAUUAUGUAAUGUUAAUUAUUAACGAUAAUGAAUAAUCUUGCGGAAACUGAAAAUCUUUUUUAAACAAAAAGAAAAAGAAAAAAAUACAAUAUUACCUUCUCCUUGUUUUAUAAUUUUUAUACGAAGUUGGGGGGUGGGUUUUCAUGAUUGGGGUAGAAAAAGAGAUGAAAUGGGGGAUUGAAGAAAAAAUAGAAAUGCUUUUUCUGCGUGUGUAUAAUAAUGUAUGUAUAUACAUGUAAUAAUACUUUGACACUUUGCAAGCCGGGUAAAAACGAAAGGAUAAAAAAAUUUUAAGGUCAUCUUAGUGGUCGUCGUCGUCGUCGGAUUUUCUUUAUUAGCGAGAAAAUAAAAAGAAGAAUAAAUGAAAAUUUUUUUCAAAUAAAAUGUAAUAAAAUAAAUGAAAAUAAAAAGAAAAGGAAAAUAUGUAAAUUAAUUCUUCAACGCGUGCGCGUGAAUAAAAUAUAUUUCUCAACACACUAGUUUUAUUAUAAUAAAAUAAUUAUAUUGUAAUUUAAUAAUACGGCAGAUCUAGCGUCAUCAAUUAGUUAUUCGAAGUUGAGAAAAAAGGUACAGCUAAACAGGAAAAAAAUAAAUAUAUCAAUCGAUUUCUCGAUCGAAUAAAUUUCUUUUUCAAGACUAUUAAUAAUAAUCGAUUAACGGUUCACAUGAUAUUCCUAACAAGAUAUACAUAUAUAUAUAUAUAUAUAUAUAUAUAUAUAUAUAUAUAGGUAUAUGUAUUAAUGAUAAAAUAUUAGUUUUGCUUGUGUUAUGAAUAGUGUUGAUAAUAUUUCGCAUGUGAAAGAAAAAGAAGUAAAACAAAAAUUAGAAUGAGGUAGAGAACACUAAUAAUAAUAAUAGUAACUGUCAUAAUUAAUAAUGAUAAACAUAACAACAAUAAAUAAUUGGAAAGAUUUCACAGAUUCUAAACACAUAAAUCAUCGCAAGAUCACUGUACGAAGAAAAUCUAUACUUAUCAACUUUACAUUUUUAUGAUAAAGAGGAGGAAAAAAAAAAUAUAUAUAUAUUAUCAAACCAACAGAGAGAAUCCGGUGAAUUUUAGAAGUAAGUAAGAAUUUUGAAAAAAUAAAAGGGUUUUAUUAAAAUAAUAUUAAGAGUAAAAAUACAUAAAUAAAUAAGGAAUGAAAACCUAAUUUCACCAAAAUAAUAGUAUAUCGUUGUGAAAUCUCUAUUUUUUUUCUUGGUUUUUCGAAUUAAUGAACCGCUCUAAUCGUAUAUGAUCAAUUAAUUUACGAAUUGUUUGUUAUAAUAUUGAAAUAAAUCAGACAGAUAAUUAAACAUGCCCACUUUGCAAUGCAGAUAUGAUAGAGCAAAAAAAAUCAGUCAUAGUAAUAAAAAUGACGUUGAUGGUAUUUGAGAGACUUAGGGACUAUUAAUAAGUAUGUGUAAAUAACAAUACAUAUUUACAGAAUAAAAUUGUGACAAGACUAGCGAAACUUUUCAGAGUAUUUUUAUUGAAUUGAAUUAUUCGAAAUUUUGGUUUUCGAAGAAAGAAAGGAAAGGGAACGAACAUUUUUUGUAAUUACAUAAUUUUUUUUUAAAUGUAUCGCGAAAUUGAACUGCGCGCGCAACUUUUUAAAUAGUGUAAUUGAAUUUAUUGAACUCUUUUUGCGAGGUAUCGAGUUAGGUUUUCGACUACGGGUUUAUUCGAUUAAUCGAAAUUAUGAGUUGAAAUUGUUUCGAGAAUCAGGAGCAGCCUGCAAGCAGGAGCAGCAGCGGCAGCGUUCCGCAGCCACGGCCCCGUCAGUCGGACAUUAAAUGGCGGUCUUGGUCCUUAUCUUCCCUGGAGUAGUAUUAUAUUAUGAAUAUUUACAUAUAUUGUCAUUGAACUGACAGUGUUAGUGUCCCUUUAACAGUGUACAGUGUGCCAUUGGGGCGUAUUUUAAGAAAAACUAUAAUAUUAAAAAUCGAAUCUCAUAGGAAACCGUGAAACCCCGAUUUAUCAUAAUCUUAAAUGUGUGUUGAACGUGUUUUAGUAGUGCCCCGUGUUUUGUGAUGUGUUGAACGGAAGGAAAGAAAAAACGAGAGGGAGAAAGACAGAGAGAGAGAGAGAGAAAUGUGAGGGAGAGAAUAAAGAAGAAGAGGAAAACUAAAGAUAAACGAAGAAAAUAUUCAAACUUAUUGUGCAUAGGAUUCAACUUUAAUAGAAAAAUGUUGCUGCGGCGUUUCAACAAACAGCAAUACCAGCGGCGGCGAUGACGACGACGUCGUCGUUUUAGCGGACAUAGUCUACACGGCACCAUAGCCGCAGCCAUGAACCCUAGCUAUUUUAACGUCCUACUAAACAGUGUAGAAAAAUUACCCAUUAAGGAUAAAAAAAGGAUAAACGAACACGAUAACAAGAUUGAACAAGGCUCACCGACCCGCACCACCAUGGCGAUCAUGGGGGGAAUCUGCAACCUCCCCCAGGCUCAAUUCAUAUCCAACCACUUUGGGAUUGAACUCCUUUUAUAACUAGCUGCAAAAUUCUAUUCGCUAAAUUACUACUACCACCCAUCCAUCCGACAAACCCAUAGAGUUUGAAGAAAGAAAACAAAAAGAGAUUGAGAGAAAAUAUAAAACUAAAGGGACAUGGAGCUUUGAGCGUCAUGCUGGCGACUGAAUGUGGGCAUAGCUGCUGGUAGCGCCUCUCUGCCACUGGCUAAAUACCAACGGGGUAAAAUAGACUCCAAUUCACAUUCCUCAAUACCGCUUCCUCCUUGGCUCUUGGGUCGCAAUUUGCUGCCCACAAAUUUCUCGCAUCAUGAGGCUCCUUGGACCUGUUGGAUCCCUUCCUGUAUCGCCUCCUGUACCUCCUCCGCCACGAUUGCAGCUGUUGUCAACUUGCCUCGGCUCGGUAUUUUCCUUACCAUUUGCCACUUGGCUUCUAGUUACGAUUGCUGCAGCUGCAAUGGACACACCAUCCAGCCCAAGUCCAAACGUUCCAGACAAAAAUUUCCCACACAUCGUCGCACAAUUUCCUCCAACGGACAGCAUGCGAUAUAAUUUUUAUCCCCUCGAUCCAAAUACCACCAGGGAAGGUCCCCUUAGGUUUAAUCAUCUCAUCACCGAUCCUGUUAAUAACAGACUCUACGCCGGAGCUGUUAACAGGCUCAUGCAGUUCGACUCUGACCUCAGACUAGAGGUGCUUGUUUCUACAGGGCCGAGACUGGAUAAUCCUCAUUGCCACGCUACUGGCUGUACGUCAAGGGAAGUAGUGACUAGGCUAAUGGAUAAUACAAACAAACUAUUGGUCGCCGAUCUAGACUCUCGUAACCUCAUCGCAUGCGGUUCUCUUUUUCAAGGAACAUGUGAGAAAUAUAAAAUGUCUAACAUAUCCCUGAAACCUGAGUUUAUUUUACGUAGCGUAGCUGCAAACGAUGACAAUUCGUCUACUUACGCCUUUGUUGGACCAGAAAAAUACGGCCCUCGGAGUAAAACUAAUAUAUUAUACGUUGGUACAACAUUUACGAAUAAUGGAGAUUACAGUCAAGAUGUACCUGCCAUUUCAAGCAGGAGUCUCGUAGACCUGUCAUUGAGGAAAUUUGAAUAUCAAGAGCACUCAACAAUUCAAAUAGACGUCAAGUACAGGGAUCAUUUUCUCGUUAAAUACGUUUAUGGAUUCAACGCAAGUAUCUUUGCAUACUUUGUCGUGGUACAAAAACAAUCUCAUCUGCCCGAACUCGAGGAACUCGGUUAUGUUUCGAGAUUAGCCCGGAGCUGCAUAAGCGAUCCGAACUACGAUAGCUAUGCGGAAGUUACGUUGCAGUGCAGCGUCGACACCGGAGAUGGAAGUCAGCACAUUUACAAUUUGGUACAGGAUGCCAAAGUUGCUGCGGCUGGAAGUGAUCUCGCCAUACAGCUCGGCAUAUCCAAAGGAGAUUCCGUGCUCGUAUCAGUUUUUUCACCAAGCAAAGGAAUCACCAGCGAGCCAUUACCUCGAUCUGCCGUUUGCGUCUACAGUCUUCGCGACAUCGAAGAUAAGUUCAUUGAAAAUAUACACAUGUGCUUCAACGGGACCGUAAAGUACAGAAAUAUGGAAUACGUUAGCGGACCUAUACAGAACGGAAUGUGCCCGACAGCAGGGACCACCGGAAAUAUUUUAAGCUUCUGUGAAGUUGCCCUGAAGAUAUCUGGGGUUUCUCCGAUAGUUGCCCAGGCAUCGCUGCACUUUCCAAAUGUUUCCGUCUCCGCUAUAACCAUCGCUAACACGGAAAGUCAUACGGUAGCGUUUUUAGGAACAACAGACGGAGUUUUGAUGAAAGUGCUUCUCUCCGGUGUAGAGCCCGCUGUCUACGAAAGCAUCGUAGUAGACAAGGGGCAGAAGUUACUUCCCGACACAACAAUUGCUCCCGGAGGCGAACACCUCUACGUUUUAUCCACCUCAAAGAUAACCAAAGUCAAAGUAGAACAUUGCAGCGGAUACGCAAACUGCAGUAGUUGCUUAGAUGCCAGGGAUCCCUACUGCGGGUGGUGCUCGUUGGAAAAAAGGUGCACGGUGAGGGGUGAUUGUCAAAAGGCGAGUCACAGCAGUCCGCGUUGGUUAUCGUUAGGAACGGGGCAACAGUGCAUAGAUUUUGAGCAAGUCUUGCCGGACAGAAUACCCAUAAACCAAAUGACCACCGUUCAGUUGACGAUAAGGACUCUGCCCGAGCUCCCUAUAGGAGCAAACUACAAAUGUGUCUUCGGAAACGCAGAACCAAUCGACGCUCUCAUGACCGGUUUCGGACUCUCCUGUCCAACACCCCCGGUUCUCGGCAGACCUAGUAUCCCCGAUGAGACUGACCACGUCCUCGUCCCACUUUCGGUCAGAUCUAGCGAAACUAACAAGGAUUUUGUUUCCCGCAACUUCGCUUACUACGACUGCUCCAAACAUACGAUGUGUUCGGAAUGCGUCAGAUCGCAGUGGGCUUGCAGCUGGUGCGUUUACGAAAAUAAAUGCACGCACAACACGACCUGCUGUCAGGGGAACGUUAUUUCCGGCGAAAAUGUAAGUAAGGCCGUCCCCAACCGUGAACUGCGACAAAAUGAUCAAUGUCGAUUGCACUCGUUCCAGAAUCCUUCCCAUCUAAACGCCCACGGCGUGCAGUACUGUCCUCGAUUCGCGAGGCGCGAAGAGCCGCUGAUGUUGCCGAACAAUGUGCCGAAGGAGAUAGUUCUGGAGGUUGAAAAUCUGCCGCGCCCUCAGGUCGGACACACAGGAUUCCAAUGCAUCGUUACGAUCGAAGGCGCGAAUCUCAAGGUCCAGGCGCGCGUCGACAGUAACAGAUUUAUAGUUUGCGACAAAACGGUCUACUCGUACGAAGCUGUCAGAGGCGAUUACGAAGCUGCGGUUACGGUCGUAUGGAACACCAACCAUCACGUCGACCAGACGACCGUCCUGCUUUACAAGUGCGAGGUCUUGGGCUCCCACAGAGAGCACGCGGACUGCUCUCUCUGCGUGACGAGGGAUUUACGUUUCGAAUGCACCUGGUGCGUAAACAGCUGCGUUUACAGACAUUCCUGUCUGCACUCUCUGUUCUCGGUGUGUCCAAAACCACGGAUCGACAUGAUCAAGCCUUUGAGCGGACCCAUCGAGGGCGGGACUCUCGUCACGAUCGAAGGCAGCAAUUUGGGGCUCAAAGAAAGCGACGUGGAAGGAAAAAUACACAUCGGGGAAACUCCGUGCACUUUGGUAGACUACGAGGUUUCCGUUCGUAUCGUAUGUCGCACCGGGCCAAGCCCCCAAGAAACCACCGCGUCGGUGGUUGUGGGAAAUAACGCCGGAUACACGGAAAGUGCUGUGCUAUUCAACUACAAAGAUAUACAGCUGACGGGAGUUUACCCCACGAUGGGACCGCAGAGCGGAGGAACCCAAUUGGCAGUUUCCGGGAUGUAUCUUAACAUCGGCAGUACCAUAUCCGCGUAUUUGGACGAGCUACCUUGCGAAGUAAACGCGACUCAGGCGAGCAGUACGCGACUUACGUGUGUCACUAGUAAAUCUGGAAGUGUCAGACGUAUAAAGAAACUCACCUUGAGCAUAGACGGAGCCAAUAGAACGCUGAUUAACAACCCUUACAAUUAUACGCACGAUCCCACGAUAAUGGAGAUAAAACCGCUCAGGAGCUUCGCGUCUGGCGGAAGAAUGAUUACUGUGCAUGGAACGAACUUGGACACCAUACAAAAACCGGAAAUGGAAGUGUAUUUGGAAAAUGAACCUCUACCGGUGAACAAAACAGUCUGUACAGUUUUGAAUCCCACGCAGAUGGAGUGCCCUAGUCCUUGCAUAGCUGAAAAAUUCAAGAUCCUACAGCGAACCAAGAGAUCUCUGCAUAAACAUGGCUCGCAGGUUUUGAAAGAGUCUCAACUACCCCUGAGGAUAGGAUUCGUCAUGGACCAUGUGGAUUUAGAAAAACACUUUCAGAGUCUCAGAAUCCAGCUACUUUACGUCGAGGACCCAAAGUUCUUUCCAUUCCCGAACAAUGUUAAACUCUACAAGGGCGACACGCUCGUAAUAGAAGGGGAAAAUCUGAACCAUGCGAGUGACGAGUCGGAUGUGAAUGUCACCGUUGGUACAGUGCCUUGUAACGUAACUUCUCUCGCUCUGACUCAGCUGGUUUGUACUCCGCCCGACCAGCAGCCCUUGGACACCGAUGAAAUUGGAAUCAAGAUGGACUACGGACUUCCCUUAGUCGUCGUUAGAGUCGGACAGAGCCUCAGGUUUCCCAUCGGAUAUCUUCGCUAUGACGUUAUAAAGUCCUACCCGUUUCCUCCUGAAGCUAUUGCUGGGAUUGCCGCAGGGACUUUUGGAUUAGUAUUUCUAUUUGUGUUAGUCCUGGUACUGUAUCGGAGGAAAAGUACGCAGGCUGAGAGGGAGUACAAGAGAAUUCAAAUACAGAUGGAUACUUUGGAAAGUAAUGUUCGUAUGGAAUGCAAACAGGCCUUUGCCGAGCUACAGACCGAUAUGACAGACCUCACGGCUGAUCUUGAGUCAUCGGGAAUUCCAACUUUAGAUCACAAAAAUUACAUCAUGAAGGUAUUCUUCCCUGGGGUUAUAGAUCAUCCGAUACUCAACGAUCCAAGACCUCGAAAUAACAUUCCUAGAACAAAUUACGACGCUGCUAUGCUGCAAUUCGAACAGCUAGUUAACAACAAAUGUUUCAUACUCACGUUCAUCGAUACUCUCGAAGCGCAGAAGUCGUUUAAUAUCAGAGAUAAAGUAAACGUUGCUUCACUUCUCAUGGUUGUUUUGAUGGGAAAAAUGGAGUAUGCAACCGACAUAUUGAUGAAUCUUCUCCUUCGACUCAUCGACAAAUCCGUCGGGACUAAAUAUCCACAACUCAUGCUCAGACGGACGGAAUCUGUGGUUGAAAAAAUGCUGACCAACUGGAUGGCGCUCUGUAUGUAUAACUACUUGAAAGAUUACGCGGGAUCGUCUCUCUUCCUUUUGUUCAAGGCUAUAAAACAUCAGAUAGAAAAGGGCCCAGUCGACGUGAUCACACACGACGCCAGGUACUCGUUAUCGGAGGAAAGGCUCCUCAGAGAGCAAAUAGAACACGGUGUCGUUACAUUGCACGUCGUGCAGGACGAUCUGGAUGAAAAAAUACAGUGCAAGGUACUCGAUUGUGAUACGAUAAAUCAAGUGAAAUCAAAGAUUUUGGAUGCCCUCUACAAAAAUACUCCGUUUUCCGCUCGUCCUUCGAUCCACGAGGUCGAUUUGGAGUGGCGUCACGGACGUGGAGGGCAUCUAACACUCCAAGAUGAAGAUCUUACGACGAAGUGCAGCGAGGAGUGGAAAAAAAUGAAUACUCUAGCUCAUUACGGAGUGAAAGAGUCCGCAGUGAUGUCUCUUAUACCGAGACAGAACGACGGAUUCUCCGUUAGCUGCAAGCCACCUUGCCAUAACUGCAAACCUUCCCAUCUUCACGGUAAUCAUUGUUCCUCCGCUCAUCUUUCAUCUACUCCUAAUCACACGAUGCUCAGUCCCAUAACCUAUUCACACUCACCAGGAGGCAUUUAUUUUAACUCUCAACACUCUCCGCCAAUUAUUACUGCCAAUGGAGAUAUUGAAAGUGGACACGGUGGAAAUCAGAGACUCUAUCACUUAGUUAGACCCGUAGAAGAAGGACAUUAUCCCCCGGGUUUGGGAACGACCGGUGGGAAACACCAUCACCCCGAAAGAACGCACAAGGCUAUACCUGAGAUAUUCCUCACAAGAUUACUGUCGACCAAAGGUACCGUCCAAAAGUUUGUCGACGAUUUUUUAAACACCAUAUUAACGGCUAACGAAGCUUUACCCAGUGCCGUUAAGUGGCUUUUCGAUCUCCUCGAUGAGGCUGCCAAGAGACAUGGGCUCACCGAUCCCGAAGUGCCUCACGCCUGGAAAUCGAACAGUCUACCCUUAAGGUUUUGGGUUAAUUUUAUUAAAAAUCCAGACUUCAUGUUCGAUAUCAAUAAGACAACCACGGUUGACUCGAGUCUCUCUGUAAUUGCGCAAACAUUUAUGGACUCUUGUUCGACGACAGAGCACAGGCUCGGCAAGGACUCUCCCUCUAAUAAAUUGCUCUUCGCUAAAGACAUACCUCACUACAGGGAGAAGGUAGGAAGAUUUUACAGUGACGUACAAAGGCUACCACUCAUCACCGAUCAAGAAAUGUCAAGUGCCAUGCAACAAUUGAGCGCUGCUCAUGCCAACGAAUUCGAUGUUAUAGCCGCGCUGAAAGAACUCUACAUUUACGUCAGCAAGUACUACGAACAAAUUCUAGAGGCCUUGGAAACUGACGCGGGUUGUCGCAAGCUACAUUUGGCGCAUAGAUUGGAAAAUGUUGCAUGUACGCUCGAAGGAGAAGAAACGAGUGCUUGCUGACAUAACUUUCCCGUUUCAGCCCUAAAAACCGAUGGACCCCCCAUGAACAUUGACUAGUGCCUCGACGAAAAUGCAUCGCAGCAAAAACACCAUGACAAGAAGUUUUGGCAGGUGAAUAAAAAAAGAAAGAAAAAAAAA